UGCUUCUUUAACAGAAAGCGAGCCGCAUACGCCACUCAACCCCGCCAUGAAGAGUUUCCAGUUUGUAGACGGCGCAAAUAUCGACAGUACUGCAAGGAAGUCGAUUCGCAGCCAUGUAAUGAAAGGCAAGAACGCCCGACGGACCAUUCACCGGCAGUCGCGGCUUAAUCUCUCCAGCAGUUGGCCACCUCCGAAUCACAAGGCCACUCAACGCACUCUCCAGGGGUCACGCAGAGAUGAAGAUCCUACCGGCAUUUCCAUGCAGGUCUCUAGGAACCUCGGAAGCGUAUUUCUCACCUUCAGGUUCCCCAUCGAGCUCACGCCGCAUUCAAUCAAAGUCGUCAACCAAUUCUUCAACCAUAUAAUAGAGAAACUGUACCCUUCCCACUUUGGGUUUUCACCAGAUGAAGCUAAGAUACAAUGGCUAGGCGUUCUUCUCACCGACGAAGGGGCAUCCCACUGCAGUAUGGCCCUCAUGGAAGCCUGCAACGGAUUCUUCCUAGGCGGCAACCUCAGUUCACCCGAAGCUUUCUACCACGUCUCCCAAACCUUCGUCCUCAUCCGGAAGAGGCUAGAGAGCCAGGAAGCACUGUCAGAUACGACCAUCGGAAUCAUCCUCAUGCUCAUCCUCCAAGAGCAGGUCCGGAAAGAGGACAGAGCUGCUGAAAUCCAUUAUGAGGGCCUGAAGAAGAUGGUUGAGUUGCGCGGGGGACUGGGGCAGUUAGAGCGGAAUCCGCCGUUGUUGCUGAAGAUUUGCAAGAUUGACAUAACGUAUGCUCUUCAAUCCGGGCAGCCGAUGCUGUUUUUCCGCGACUGCUUUUCCAAAGUCCAGAGCACACUUAAAUCCAAGGGAUUCGCGCGGAAUCGGAUCUCAGAUAUUCCGCCAACUCAGUGUGAGAAGCUGGAUCCCUAUCUGCGGGAUAUACUACUUGACGCCUUGGACAUUGCUGCAGUUCUCAAUGACUCCGCAAGGGAGGGACAUCUCGGACUCAUUACAUUCCAGGAGAUUCUCGUCUCCAUCUGCUCACGCUUGAUCCACUUCCGCCCUCUCAAGAGCGACAUGUCACUAUCUCUAGUGGAAGCGGGAUACCACAUAGGACUGGUAAUCUACACAAUGAGCCUCUUCCUACAACACGACCGCCGCCGAAUCAUGGACUACGACCUCGUCACUGUGCGGCUCAAAGAAGUCCUUGAUUCCGCCCAAGAGCUCGAUGAUGAUUUAGCGAUAUGGCUCAUGUGCCUUGGUAGUAUUUGGCUUGCGGAUGACCCGUGCAGAUUAUGGCUUGCCCCGGUGAUCAACCAGUUUACGAACAGGACGGGGAUUGACAGUUGGUCGGAAGUUCACGAUAGGGUCAGCAAACUCCCGUGGAUCAAUGCUGUGCAUGAGCAGCAAGGUCGCUUGGCGUGGACUUCAGCCUUAGAAGGGUCCAAAGAAUGCUUUCAUUGAAGUAUCUAACAACAGUCACUCAUCCAUCCAGAUGCCACCAACCCCCUCCCUACCAAGCAAACUUCUCCCCCACCAGCUCCUCCGACAACCCCCACAACCUCUCCGCCUCCGCACUCGACACCGCCAACGGAUUCGCCCUAUCGUUAAUCUGACAAUCCACCAAAUACGCCCCCCAAUUCUCCCUCCCA